CAAAAUCGUUUUCUUUCGUAAUCUGAUUUGGAAAGCUGAAACAAACGCUCUUAAUUUCAUGAAAAUGGCUUCACGCAAGUCUGCGGAAGGAACCAGUCGACGCGGGUUCUGAUUUGGGUUUUCUUCGCCCUUCUCCUCCCGUCCUAAUAAUCCAGGAAGAGGAUUAUUUGGAUUCGUCUCCGGGUAGAAGAAUCAGACCUAUUCAUUAAGCUCCCUCUGUUUUUGCUCGAAGGCCUCAGGAUUUAAAGGGGUCGAUGGGGGUGAAUCAAUCCAAGGAAGAACUGCUCUACCAGCAGGUUAAUUUUGGGAACAUCGAGGGCGUCAAGGCUCUUCACCGCGAAGGAGCAAGACUGGAGUUUAUUGAUAAGGAAGGGAAGACCCCAUUGAUUCUUGCUUGCAUGCGAUCCGAUCUUCUCCCUGUUGCGAAAGCUCUAAUUGAAAUGGGUGCGAAUGUGAACGCUUAUCGACCUGGAAGGCAUGCGGGAACUCCUUUGCAUCAUGCUGCGAAAAGAGGCCUUGAGAGCACUGUCAUUCUACUUCUUUCUCAUGGAGCAAAUCCUUUAGUGAUGAAUGAUGAUUGUGAAACCCCUCUUGAAUUAGCCAGAACAAAAGGGCAUACCAAUGUUGUUCGUGCUAUUGAGAAUCGUAUCUGUUUAUUUGCGGGUUGGCUUAGGGAGAUUAAUGGCCCAAGCAUUUUUGAAGCAUUUGUACCACAAUGGGUAUCAAAGAAAAUUUGGGCUGUUGUUUUACCUUGCGAUUCUCGUAAUCCUACAAAUCCUAAGAAGUUUGAGCUGGCUAUAUAUCCCGUUCCGCAGGUUUCGCAACCUCGGACUAUAAUAGCGCUUUGGAAAGCUCAGAUAGAGGAGCCAAAAUUUAAUCAUCCAGAUCCUGCAUUGAUUAUUGCAGACACUGCUAAAAAAACUAGGAGUAAGUUUCUAUCUGCUCUAGAAGGUGACAAGCGGCAGAUUCAGUGGUUUUACAAUGCUUGCAGAGGCAUAUAUCAGCAUACCAAUAUUGUUCCAGCACCACCACCAGCUGCUCCACCGUUCUCGACAACUAGCACACCGAACCCCGAAGAUGUCGAACUGGCCAUGGCCAUCAAUGCUUCCAUCCAAACCGCUUUAGUAGAGGGUGUCUCGCUUCCUCACUCCCAACAAAAUUUGAUCAAUGCUGCAAAUGAGUGGGGAAGCUCCUCCACAAACCCUACUCAUAACGGUUGGGGUCCGUCGGUCCAACCGAGCAUAAAUGUUGGCGCGAGCGGAUCGUCCAAUCAGCCAACUCAUAACGAAAAUACUCCCACUAAAGUCAGACCAAACAGCCCUCCACAGCUCCACACAGCCCAACCUGAAAGCCUGACCUUAACAGCUCCUUCGGCUCCGCCGAUCUCCGACGAAGCUUUUUAUGGCAGUCCCAUUCAAUAUCCGUCGAUAGAUUCCAGCCCAGUUGAUUUUAGUGUCCCGCCGAUCAAACGGAGUGCGUUAAGCAGUACUGAAACUAAGGAAGACAGCGGAAACAGUGCUUCGUCUUCCACAUGUGUGAUCUGCCUAGAUAAACCAGUCGAAGGUGCUUGCAUUCCUUGCGGUCACAUGGCCGGAUGCAUGUCGUGUUUGAAGGAGAUAAAGGAGAAGAGAGGGGAGUGCCCGGUUUGCCGCGCGAAAAUCGCUCAGGUUGUGAGGCUAUAUGCUGUUUGAUUUGAUGCUUUGGGGUGCAUACCAACCCAUUCCUAUGUAUUUAUAUAUUUAACUCCUAAAUUUUACUCUUUUAAAUUGUGGAAUGCACCUUCUC